AUGAGGGGCACCGCCGCCCCUUCUUGCGCGGCUGGGGCUACGAGGACUUUCUUAGCCACCGGCGCGAAACGAGGCGUGCCUGGUUUAAGGGGGCGCGGCCGCGUCCCCGCAGCCGGGGACCCGGCGAGAAGAACCCUUCGUCUUGUUCGGCCCUCCCCUCCGACGCGUGAGCAGAGCGAGGCCCAGGAAGAAGCCAAGAAGAAAGCGCCCUGUCCUGGACUUGGCUUGUUUUACACAUUAUUGUCUGCCUUCCUUUUCUCAGUGAGCUCUUUAUUUGUUAAAAAAGUGCAAGACGUCCAUGCUGUAGAGAUUAGUGCGUUUCGAUGUGUGUUCCAAAUGCUAGUUGUUAUCCCUUGCAUAAUAUACAGAAAAACGGGGUUCAUAGGCCCCAAAGGCCAACGAGUUUUCCUCUUUCUCAGAGGAGCCAUUGGUUCCACCGCCAUGAUCCUUAUAUACUAUGCUUUCCAGACCAUGUCCCUCGCGGAUGCCACCGUUAUCACGUUUAGCAGCCCGGUGUUUACGUCUCUGUUUGCUUGCAUAUUCCUCAAGGAAAAGUAUAGCCCUUGGGAUGCACUUUUCACCGUGUUCACCAUCGCUGGAGUCACCCUUAUUGUGAGGCCACCAUUUCUGUUUGGCUCGGACACUUUGGGGAUGGAAGUAAGCUAUUCAGCCCACCUGAAGGGCACGUUGGCCGCCAUCGGACACGCUGUGCUUGCCGCAGUGACUCUGAUUAUCCUAAGGAAAAUGGGGAAGUCCGUGGACUACUGCCUGAGCAUUUGGUAUUAUGUCAUCCUCGGCCUCCUGGAAUGCAGCAUCGUGCUCUCUGUUCUGGGAGAGUGGCGUCUGCCUUACUGUGGCCUGGACAGGCUCUUUCUCAUACUGAUCGGGCUCUUUGGCUUGGGGGCCCAGGUGUUUCUCACGAAAGCUCUCCAAAUAGAAAAAGCUGGGCUCGUAGCAAUCAUGAGGACGAUGGAUGUGGUGUUUGCUUUUAUCUUGCAGAUUAUUUUCUUUAAUAGUGUGCCCACGUGGUGGACGGUGGGUGGCGCGCUCUGCGUAGUAGCCAGUAACACGGGCGUAGCCAUUCGGAAAUGGUACCAGACUUCCAAAUGAAGCCUUGGUGCUGAAAUGUCUAUUUUUUUUUUCAAGUACAUCAUCACCCAGCACACCACACUACACCCACACACCUGGAACUCUGCAUUUACUUCAUUGAUUAUAUUUAAUAAAUUUCAUGAAUAAA